CGCAACUCAGGUUAGUAUCCGUGAAACGAUACAUUGUGGCGGCGGCGGCGGCGGCAAAAUCCCGGAGCGGAUCCGCGGGGGAACCCGGAGCGCAGAUCAGAUCAGAUCAGAUCAGCGGAGACGUGGAACUCGGGCAGCGGACACCCGGCUUCAUCCCGGGCCGUAGCCAGGGAGCGGAGCGCCGGUACACGGGCACACGGCAAGGUCAGGAUGUACCCGAGUGGCCGGUUCCCCGGUGUUGGUGUGUGCCGCGGGCUGCUGCUGAUGUGGGCGGUGAUGGCGGUGGAGGGGACGCAGUGGAACGGCACCGUCCCGCCCCCCGCUGCCUUCCUGCGAGACCUCCUGAGCCGUUACGGUGAACACCAGGUGCUGGAGCUGCACCAGCUGAAGGCGCUGCUCAACCGCCUGGACGUGGGUGUCGGCAACACUGGGGCCCGCACCGGCAACCAGAGCCUCGCCAAGUGUUUCUCGUCGGCAGAGAUCUUUGCCAUCCACCAGCUGACCAACAACAGCCGCAUUGAUGGUGCCGCCCUGACGCACAUCUGUCCCACCGUCCUGCAACAGCUGGAGAGCGGAGCGUGCACGGCCGACAACCUGGAGGACCAGGAGGACGAGGUGACCGAUGGGCAGAAGCCCACCGCCACCGAAGUCUGGGGUUACGGUUUCCUCUGUGUGACUGUCAUCUCGCUCUGCUCGCUGCUGGGAGCCAGCGUGGUGCCGUUUAUGAGGAGAACCUUUUACAAGCGGCUGCUGCUGUAUUUCAUUGCCCUGGCCAUCGGUACCCUCUACUCUAACGCGCUCUUUCAGCUCAUCCCUGAGGCCUUUGGCUUUGACCCCAGGAAGCCGGAUUACGUGACCAAGUCGGUGGUGGUGUUCGGUGGAUUCUACCUGUUCUUCUUCACCGAGAAAAUCCUCAAGAUGAUCAUGAAACCCAAGGAGAAGCCGGUGUCCCCGCAGCGCCGAGUGAAGGGCCACAGCCACUGCUGUCCGGAGCAGCUGAUGACGGGCAGUGAGCAGGAGGAUGGGGCGUUGGAGAAGCUGCAGAACGGUGGUGUGGGGCGAGCACCCUGCCCGGGCAGCGGCGACUGUGAGCGGCAGAGUCUGUCCGAGGCAGAGCCCGGCCUGGAGGGGCACUCACAGGAGCGUUGCCAUGGCAACUGCUACUGGCUGAAGGGCAGCCAGUACUCGGACAUCGGCACUCUGGCCUGGAUGGUGACGCUGAGCGACGGGCUGCACAACUUCAUCGACGGCCUGGCCAUCGGCGCCUCCUUCACCGUCUCUGUCUUCCAGGGGGUCAGCACCUCCAUCGCCAUCUUGUGUGAGGAGUUCCCCCACGAGCUGGGUGACUUUGUCAUCCUGCUGAAUGCGGGCAUGAGUUUACAACAGGCUCUCUUCUUCAACUUCCUGUCCGCCUGCUGCUGCUACCUGGGCCUGGCCUUUGGGAUCCUGGCCGGCAGCCACUUCUCCCCCAGCUGGAUCUUCGCCCUGGCGGGGGGCAUGUUCCUCUACAUCGCCCUGGCCGACAUGUUCCCCGAGAUGAACGAGGUGAGCAAAGAUGAGGAUGGGCAGGAGUCGACGUCGCUGGUGGUGUUUGCGAUACAGAACGCUGGACUACUGACUGGCUUUGCCAUCAUGUUGCUGCUCACCAUGUACUCGGGGUCCAUCCAGUUCGGCUAGAGACGGUGACGGGCACGGCCGCGGUGUCGGGCAGCGCUGGCGGUCAGUGUGCCUGGAGCACCGCGGGCCAGGGAGCCGGGCAGUGCUAGUGGUCAGUGCGCCGGCGGUGGUCACGGGUCCGGCCAGUGCUGGUGGCCAUGGAUCUGGACAAUGCCACCAGUCACUGCGGCCGCUGUCCCUCACACGGAGCGGGACUCCGGCCAUCGAGGGGGCAUGGACACGCCGCCUCCCAUUCAGAAACACGAUGGUGGCAGAACACAUCCAUAGUCUGUUUAGCAGCAAAGUGAUUCCUGCUCCCCCCCCCCACCCCCCACCGGCUGGUCCAAGACUGGACACUGUCCAGGGUGGUCAUAGUUGUAGCUGACCCCUCCUCCCAUGGCUACACAUUCCAAGCCCAGCACCAGUGGGGACACAGGGAGUGCAGGUUUACUGAGGGUGGGGCAGGCUUUAGGUGAAAGAACUCCCCCCCCUCGCACUCUCCCCCCCCCCCCACCAUCGCACUCCCAGGUCUCCUGCUGCCCUUUUGUUCCCAGUGCAGUCGUGGGCAUUAGUCGAAAGGUUGUGAGGAUGCGUGGGCAUUAGUGAGUGGGGGCUAUUAGUGGAUAUGGGCAUUAGUGAGUGGGGGCUAUUGGUGGAUGUGGGCAUUAACGAUGGGGGUAUAUGGUGGGAGAGGCAGAUGUGGGCAUUAGUGAGUGGGUGGGGGUAUAUGAUGGGUGAGAGGAUGAUGUGGGCAUUAGUGGCGGUGCAAGUGCCUCAUUGGCAGGGCUACGCGGCAUUAGUGGGAGGGGCAGGGUGUGGCACUGGGGCAAGGGGGUAUUGCUGGAAGGGGCAGAUUUACCCUUCGGACCUGGGAAGGUGCGAUGGGGACUGAGGGGCCGGCUAAUGGGGAAUUCUGCGCGGAGACAGGACCCAGAGGGUCAUCGCUGUCUCAGACCCCGAGACCCACAGGAGGGGAAGGUUGGACCUCCAUG